UGGGGGGCAGGGUUUUCAGGCCGAGGGGGGAGCCGGCGGUGCCAGGACUGCGUAUUCGGAGGAGCGUGGGGAAGAGAGAUCGCCUCCGCGGCCGGGAGCGGGGCUGCCGCUGCCAGCAAAGCUGGGAGGGUUUCUGGGGCCCGCGGUGGCUGCAGGUCGUGCUGGCCCCCUCCCGCGCUGGCGGGUCUGGCGCGCAGCCUGGGGGUGCUUGGGGCUGCGGGUGCCCGAAGACCUGAGCCAGCCGCCGGCGUGGGAGCUGGAGCGCGGAGGCUGCACGGCGGCGUUGAUGCGGCAGGAUGACAGUGAAACUGGGAGAGAGCGGCAGGGAGGAAGGGGUGAAAAAGCUGGGCAAGAGAGUAGGAGGAGAUGAGGAGUCCCUGGAAGAAGAAGGGGCAGGAGGAGGAGAGGCAGCUCCAGGCAGCAGCAGCACAAAGAAAGAAGAUAAGAUUAUUAACAACAGCACUCACAGCAGCCCCGCACCGAACCCCAGCUUGUCACAGGCCCCGACCUCCCUUCAGCCCGCUCACAGCCAGGACCAGCAUCAUUUUCUUAGGUCCAGCGUCAGACCUCAGAGCAAGAGGCUGAAGAAGGAUUCCCAGGCAUCCUCCUCAGUUGGCAGCAGUGCUGCUGCAAAAAGCAAAGCAGCAGAUAAUGGAGCGACUGCAUCUGGUGGUACAUCAGGAAUUCCUCCCAGCAAUCCUGCUGGGAAUUCCAAGUCAGCAGCAAGGAACCUGGGCUCCUCAGCUGGAGAGAAGGAGGAAGGAAAGAAGGUCAGGAGGCAGUGGGAAUCGUGGAGCACAGAGGACAAAAAUACUUUCUUCGAGGGACUGUAUGAGCAUGGGAAGGACUUUGAGGCUAUCCAGAACAACAUUGCUCUGAAGUACAAGAAGAAGGGCAAACCAGCAAGCAUGGUGAAGAAUAAGGAACAGGUCCGCCACUUCUACUACCGCACCUGGCACAAGAUCUCCAAGUACAUUGACUUUGAUAAUGUGUUUUCUCAAGGGCUGAAAAAAUCCUCCUUGGAGCUUUAUGGCUUAAUCUGCUAUGGGGAACUGAGGAAAAAGAUUGGGGGAUGUAUGGAUGACAAGAAUGCAGUAAAACUCAACGAGCUCAUUCAAGCUGGGGCUACGACUGUUCGAUACAAAGGCAGAAACCUUCGUAUCAAAGCUCCAAUGUGCAGGGCUUUGAAGAAACUCUGUGAUCCAGAUGGUGUUAGUGAUGAAGAGGACCAGAAGCCAGUACGUCUGCCCCUCAAGGUCCCUGUGGAGUUGCAGCCACGAAAUAAUCAUGCAUGGGCACGAGUACAGAGUCUUGCCCAGAAUCCACGGCUUAGGAUGAUUGUGGAGUUACAUCGGAAAGUGUCCAGCCUUAUUGAGUUCCUGAAGCAGAAGUGGGCUCUCCAUGAAGUGCGUAUUCGUAAAACACUAGAAGAACGGCAGUUUCAAGACUCCAGAGACUCAGAAACAAGGGGCAGCUUCUCAGAAGAGAAAGUGAUGCUCCAUCUCUUUCCAGGAGAGAAUUGUACACUCACUCCGCUGCCUGGGGUAGCCAGAGUGGUCCACUCCAAGGCUUUCUGCACAGUGCAUUGGCAGGAAACUGGCAAAUGCAAACAAAACACGAAAGAUUCUCACUUACUCCCCCCUGCCCAAAUCCUAGGCAUACAAAGUGGUCAGGGGACAGCAAGGGGACAGCUAAAAUACCCACGGGGAACAGAAGGUAAGGGUGUUGGAAGGGCAGAGAGUACUAUAGAGUCAAGCAGAACCUCUCAGACCAUAGCUGAACUUUCUGCAAGCACUGAAGAUGGUGCCCCAGAGCCUGGCCUGGUGGAAGAAACAACCUCAAAUCUUGGCACCACUAAUUCCCUCCAAAAAAUGCCUUCUGGACUUCAAGAUCCAGGAGGGAAGCACGAAAAGCUGAGCUCAGUGGCCUUCUGUGUGGAGGGCAGGGAGGCCCUGGCAAGUGACCAAGCAACUAUGCUACCGUCGUGCAGUACAGCUUGUGCUUGCAGUAAGAUUCCUGAUGUGGAGGAACUCUCUCUGCUUGAUCCGUUCCCACGAUACAUGAAGUCCUGUCAGGACCUGAUUGUCCCAGAGAAAUGUUCUUGCACAGACAGACUGCAUGGGAAAGACUCUACUCCAGCAGCUGGUGAUACUUCUACUGGGGCUUUUCCAGGCGGGAGGAGCACAGAGAUAUCUGACUCCUGUUCACAGCUCCCAGGAGGUGGUGUGGCUUCACCCAGCAGUCGCCCAUCCAGAUACGAAACUCAAGCUAGCCGCAGCCAGGGCCAGCAGCUUGAUGCUUGUACCAAGGAUAUAACAGAUACAGUCAUGGAGGAUUCUCAAGAGAAGCUGGGAUCCUCGUUUCCACCUCCACCUCAGGGACAAUCUAGUGCAAAGUCUCUCAAGGAUGACUCAAGCCGGCUCUCUCAACAGGUUAGAGAAGAAGGAUGGAGUCUAAGAACUUCUGAGAGCCUUACACUGGCUGAAGUCUACCUCAUGAUGGGCAAACCAAACAAAUUGCAGCUGGAAUAUGACUGGUUGGCUGUCUUGGAGCCAGAAACCCAUGAUGCUAGGGAGCAAACAUCUGAAUCAAGUGCUGCUCCUGCAUGUCCAACCUUUCACAAGCAGAGACUCCUGAACUGCCUUUUAAAACUCAUCUCUACUGAAGUCAAUCCCAAACCAAUGCCCGAGAUGAGUUCCAUUGCCACGUCACCUAUAAAGCCUGCUCAGGAGGAGCAGUCACUAACUCCUCCAGGGAAGGUGAUUGCCAUCAGCACCAGGAGUCCCGGUUGUGCACGAAAUCAAUCUGGCCUUCGCAACAACAAGACUUUUUCUCCUGGUGCUGCUUCCAGCUCCUCAGGUUUGAGAAACCUCCCCAGACAUCUCUUGGUGGCUGGUCCUUCAAGUUCUGGAAGCACUGAUGCAGACGGUGGACUCUUUGCAGUUCCUACGACUCUGCCACCAAACAGCCGCCAUGGGAAACUGUUCCUGCCCAGCAAAGAAGCAGAACUGACCUUCCGGCAGCACUUGGACACAAUCAGUGUGAGUGAGAUGCAGUCAGACUUCUUCUUGCCAAAGCCAAGGAAAUUACGGAACAGACACUUGCGGAAGCCAUUAGUAGUACAGAGAACGCUGCUGCCCAGGCCAUCUGGAAAUCCGUCCCAGCAUGUCUGUUCCUUUUCGAUCUUAUCCAACUCAUCCAUUACAGGGAGAGGUUCAUUUCGGCCAAUCCAGUCCUCACUGACGAAAGCUGCUGUUUCCCGUCCAAUCGUGCCCAAAGUUCUUCCAACACAGGCCACCAAUCAUCUGUCCAGUGCUAUUGACUUGGCAGCUAAAAGUGCUGGUAUUAUUCCUGGGAGCCCUGUGCCUGUCCUGGAUGCGGAUGGUUUGUCAGGUGUGUCUCCGCUGUCAUCAGACAGAGUGACCACAGUGGUAACAGUGCAGGAGUCAGCAGGGCAGCAGAACAGAGGCUCCAUCACCACAGUGGAGGGCUCAGGCCCCGGGUGUCGGGUUCCAUUCAUCAGCCUACCUGCACGGCAGGAGCAGGAGGCAGUUCCUGAUGGCUUCCAGGGCACAUCAGUCCUUUCUCUGUCAGAACUGUCCAAGACUUCCCUCCAGAAUGGUCUUUCCACCCCUCCACUUCCCUCAUCAGAGGCUUCCAGUACCCGGCUCUCUCCUCCCAAUGUUUCUGCUCUUUUGGAUAUUUCUCUGCCUGGACCACCUGAAGAUGUGCUUUCUCAAGGAGAACCUGCCACUCAAAUCAGUGACUCUAUCAUUGAAAUAGCUAUCAGCUCUGGUCAAUACGGUGAAGGUGUUUCUCUCUCUCCUGCAAAGCUGAAUGGCAGUGACAGCUCCAAAAGUCUUCCGUCCCCGUCAAGUAGUCCUCAGCAGAACUGGAUUGCGUCCCCCAGCCAUGAUCCCCAGUGGUACCCCAAUGACUCCACAGAUUCCUCUCUCAGCAGCUUGUUUUCGAGUUUCAUCUCCCCUGAGAAGGGACGAAAAAUGUUGCCAACCCCUGUUGGGACUGCCAGUGGCACCUCCUUACUGGGACCCAGCCUUCUGGAUGGAAACUCACGGGACUCUUUUGUGUCACGGUCUCUAGCAGAUGUAGCAGAGGUGGUGGAUUCCCAGCUGGCUUGCAUGAUGAAUGAGAACAGCAUAGAUUACAUAUCUCGUUUUAAUGACCUUGCCCAGGAACUCUCAAUACCUGAGCCAACUCGCAGGGAAAUUCUGUUUGAUGGUGGUGCCCCAAUUGGGGAUCUCUCACAGUGAGUGUGUAAGACCAGCAGGCUGGUGUAGACUGUUCCCCUAAUGUCAGAACUUGCAGCGCUGGAUCAUGGCAAGGGCAGGUUGUAGAGAAGCAACUGAGGUUCAGUUUUUCCUGUCCUGUGCGCUUCUUGCAAACAGAAGCAUUGUCUUCAGAGGUGUGAAGAAGUAUUUUCAAGUCCUAGAAUGUGCAAUAUACUGGGAACAACAAAACAUGGAACAGUAUUACAGGAAAUGGUGUGUCCCCUGCAUCAGUGAUAUGAGAUGGCAGCUUUCUGGGACAGUCCUGGACUUGUACUUCAGAAUGGCCUAAGCAAGAAGCUCAAGGAGGGAAUAGCAUUGCCAGAAGCUCCACUACAUGAAUUAUUUUUUGUGUUGUAAUCAGAAUACCAUGAUUUGGGAUCCACAUUUGAAGCUGUGGAAGAUGAACGAUGGGGUUGGGGAUGGGAAACAUUUUGCAUUUUGACAUGUCCUGGUUGGCACUCUUUGUCAGUCAAUCAAACUGAAGUUCCUUGCAUUCUCUUCAAAGGAGCUGUGACUCUACAGUGCUUCUUUUUUAUAGAGCAGUCUGUUUCUUUGGCUGUGUUUUGUUGUUGACCAUUCCAGCAGGGCACAUAGCUGCUUUCUUGGUUUGUAGGGGAGUUCUGGUUCACCCUUCUCCCAGACUGCAUGGAUCCUUGGGGAAUUACCUCUAUUUUUAAACCCCAUCGCAUGGCACAGUCGUCAUUUUCAUCAUCCUGACUGCACUCGUGUUUUCCAUCUUUGAGAUUCUUCAUCCCAUUGCACAGUUCAUCCCAUGAGUGGGGGAGUGCUUUCUUGCUUUCUCUGAAGAAUGGUUGCUUUUUCAAUCAGGAAAUACUGCAAAAGAGCCUACUGGAAUCACUAUGAAAGCCUUGUCGCAAUUAGUCUUGGCUUUGCUGGAAAUCUUUAUAUAUUGCCAUCUUCACAAAAACUGAGGAUUUACUUGGGAGAGGAAAUAGGAGAGAAUAUUAUAAUAUGUAGAAACACAUAAUAUGUUAACACUAAAGUUCUUGAGAACCAUUUGUGUCUUGAAGAGGAGAGGUGUUCGUCCAAGCUUAAUCCCUUAGUACUUCCUUACUUCCUCCUUGUUCUGUGAAUUCCAGAUGCUCUGUAGUACCUCAGGGCAUCAUUUUUCACUAUAGUCACUCUCAGGCACUAGUGGAUAUGGUACUCCCUCUACUGAAUCCCUAUGCAUUCAAGGUUUUAAUAUUGGAAAGACCCAAAUCCUGAUACCAGUCGGUUCAAAGGAAUGUGAAGUUACUUUCUUGAGAGCUAGUUUUCCAUCAGUUCUACCUUGACAACUCAGGAGACUUUCCCUGUUUCCUUUCCUAUCAGUCAUGAGAUGUAAUACUUUUAUUGCACCCCUUUUUAAGCACUUGUCUGCUUCUCCAGUAAGAGGAUAUUCUUUGGCUAUUUUAAGUAGCUCUGAACUGAUCCAAGGGGCUAGUCAUAUAUAAACCUCAACUUUCUAUUAUUAAUAAAUAAACAAAACUUCUCCAUCUUGUAGGCUAUUACCAGGAGUUCAUUUUCCCAACUUGCACUGUACUUGGUGUAUGUAGCUCUACCUGCCUUUAGCUACUUUUACAAGGCAUUUGACAGGGCGUUUCUUCUUGUAACCCUGGUCAUGAUGCACUGAUUGUAUUUGCUGUUUUCCCAGUCACUUCAUCCUGCUUUAUGUCGAUUAUUUUUAACCACUCUAUAGUUUACCUUAUGCUUUCUGUCACUAAGAGAAAAUGUAACACGCUUUUUGAUGCACCUUUUUUGUGGCCCAGAACAACCUUCCUGAUUUCACUCAAAAAGUAGUGACAUUUGGAUGACAUUCCAGGAUGCCAUGUGUCAGGUUGCAGCUCUUUGACGUAGGAACCAUACAGAUGUGCAAAACAAGCAUUAGAACAACUGAAUGUGCCCAGCAGGGAGGCAAGCUUGUAUUACUAGCAACAAAACAAUCAUGACUAGAAGAAUGGAGAGUUUCCUACCUGUGGGCUAACUUCCUAUUCUGACCACGUCAUGUGUUACAUUAAGUCCUGGCAUUAUUUCUCUUUCGUUAUUCUUUCAGAGCCUUGUUAGAGAAUUCUGAUGAAAUUAUCAGGAAAUCAUGUAAACCUAAAAUAUAAAAGGUUGAAAGCUGUCAGAAAAAUGAAUGCUGGGGACGGUGUCGUUCUGAGCAUUGACCCUUGGUAUGGAGAGGAUACCCGUGGGUCUCAGGAGUCACUCCCUCUAAAACUUUUAAGUUUUACUUUGAGUUGAGCUGUAUUUUGGUGUGGUCUUUCCCAGAUAGUUUCCUCUUGGGUUUGACUUCUUGCAUGAGUAAUGCUGAUUAUUCUGUAUGCUGUACCUCAAAAAAUCCUUUGGAUUUGCAGGACAAAAGCAGAGGGCUCCUGCCGUGGCUGUGGAUUACAGGACAUGCAGGAUAUGUGAUACAUUCUAAUCAAGUACUGUAUAAAAGAACAAACCUGAACUCUUAAACUUCUAAACAUGGAAAGAGCAGCCUGAUGGUCUCCGGUGUGUUUAGAUGGCUUGACAAACAUUUUAUGUUUACCCCUGCUGGUAAUGGAGUGGAUGUGAUGCUAGGUUUGACUCCUUGGUUGCCUAGAACAAGUGCCAGUGUUGCUGCACUGACAUGGCAGAGCACCCAGGACCCGUGACAUCUUGACGUAACAGGGACCUGUCAUGCUGCACUUCCUCAGCCCAUUCCAUUCCCAUAGGGGAAUAAUAGAAUAGCAGAAUGAAGUCAGCAGAAUGACUAUUCUAAUGGUGCCAUGACAGCAGAAAACUAUAAUGUUCUGAAUGUUUGGAAGUAGACUUGGACCACCAAGUAAUAAUAAAGUGGAAAUGACAGAGGUCAGUUCAGCACUCAUAAUUUUGUGGUUAGAAAUGUUUGGCAUCAGCCUCUUGAAAGUUGUCAUUAUGAAACAAAAUUUGAUUUCAGAGCU